AUGGUUUCUCCGUUGACGUCUACCACUGUUGAAAUAUUGGAAAGUCCUUUGCCUCCGGCUCCCGCCGCUAGUACUGUUCUAACCCCGUUACAAUGGAAAACGCUUCUGGCCCUGGCAGAUACUGUUAUCCCCUCCAUCAGACCAAGAAGCGCCGCCGUGUGUCCUGGUGCUUGUACGAUCAGUGAUGCUGAGUUUGCACUUGCAACUCAUACCCUUCAGUCUGUUCAGAAUGACUUUGCGCACUCCGACAUCGCCGUUCAGUUUCUCGCCGAAAAUGCUUCUUCUGUCCCCGAAUUCAAAGAGAGCAUGUGUCGUGUGCUCGGUCAACAAAUCCCAGAUGAGGCGAGGCGAGGUAUCAGCGUCAUCCUCAACGCCCUCAAUAGUCGUCCUGUGGCUCUCGCCUUGACUGGAUACGCAGCCCCUAUCCAGUGUCAGCCUUAUCCUGUUCGCGAAGCAAUUUUUCGAGGCUGGGCUACUUCAGUUCUUCCACCCAUCCGCAGCUUAUACCGUUCGCUGAUUGCACUCUUCCACAAAGCAUGGGUCCCUUUAAGCCCAACCCUCCCUGCUAUUAUCGGCUUCCCCAGGGUACCUGUCAAUUUCACUCCUGUGGAAGGUUACCCCUACGAAUUUAUGCAAUUCCCUCCUGGUGACAAUACCGAAGCUAUCAUGACUGAUGUAGUCAUCAUCGGUAGCGGUUGCGGUGCAGCUGUAGCGGCAAAAAACAUUGCGGAAGCAGGCCACAAUAAUACGGGCAACCAGGAACAUAAUUGUGGGCACUGCACCCUGGGUUGUGGAUCUUGUGGCAAGAAGGGUCCCCAGGUGACCUUUCUGGCCGACGCUGCCCGCGCAGGCGCCCAAUUUAUUGAAGGAUUCCACGCUGAGAGGAUCUUGUUUAAAGAGGGUAAUGCUGGGAACUGUCUUGCUCAUGCAAUUGAAGGAACUUGGACUUCAAGGGACCUCAAUCGAGGCAUUAGUGGAAAGCCUGUCAUUACGCGUAAGGUGGUAAUCAAGGCCAAAAAAGUCAUUGUGGCAUGCGGUUCUUUGCAAAGCCCCCUGUUGCUGCUCAGGAGUGGCUUGAAAAAUCCACAAAUUGGGCGUAAUUUGUACUUACAUCCAGUUGUUCUCCUAUCUGCCGUAUUUGGAGAAGAAAUGAAACCAUGGGAAGGGGCCAUUCUCACAGCUGUGAUAAACGAGUUCGAAGAAUUGGAUGGUCGCGGACACGGAGCGAAAAUCGAAACGGUAACAACAGUGCCCUCGUUUUUCCUCCCAGUGUUCCCUUGGACCAAUGGCCUUGAGUACAAGCGCUUUGUUUCAAAACUUCGCAACAUGGCUGGGUUCAUCACUGUAACCCGUGAACGAUACGGUGGGAGAGUUUACCCUGACCCCGUCGACGGCAGAUGUAGAAUAUCCUACACGCCCUCUCUCUUCGAUAGAAAAAAUAUGAUCGAAGCAAUUAUUGGCGCCGCAAAAGUUGCUUAUGUUUGCGGCGCUCAAGAAAUUUAUACCUCAAGUCGUGACAUUCCAUCGUUCAUUCGACCAGAACGUUCAGCAACUGACACUUGCGGGCCCGAAGCAGGCAUCAAUCAUGCUGCAUUCCAAGCCUGGAUCAAAAAAGUACGCCAUACGUACUCACCGCUGUCUCCUGAACAUACCGUGUUUGCAAGUGCCCAUCAGAUGGGUACCUGUCGUAUGGGCACGUCGCCGAAAUCCAGCGUCGUUAGUCCAAGCGGAAAAGUGUGGGGAACUGAAGGGCUUUACGUUGCUGAUGCGUCUGUUUUCCCAAGUGCUAGUGGCGUUAACCCGAUGGUAACGAACAUGGCUAUUUCAGAUUGGACCACCCAGAACAUUUUGAAGGUUCUACACAGUGAAAGAACUCCCGCCAACCCACGACUGUAGGAGAACGAUCCAUGUACAUGCAGCCAAAUUAAUCUAUCGGGUUAGACGGUCUGGCGUCUACCCUGGCUUUCGAUGGCAUUGCUCCGCCUAAAACUGGGAGAUAGCUAAAUGGAUGCCAGAUUUUCCCUCUCCUGUACCUUCUAUCUUUAUCUGAACACCCUUCCUCACACCACCGAUAAAUAGUCUGGGUAUAUGAAUAAUAAGAAUUAUUAAAUACCG